AGUGUGACUUAUUGAAGUCGCUGGAUCAGCCAAAAAAAUAUUCCUCAGCACAUGUAGUGCAUUAAACCUUAGCAACAGACUAGCCUAAUAUAUAUUAAAACUUCUAGAAAAAGCAAUAAAUUCUAAUGACAAAUUAAUUCUGUCAAACAUACCUACUUCAAACAAAAUGUAGGUAAAACAAGCAAAAAUUUUUAUUUCAUUAAUAAAUAUGUAAAGAUCAAACAGUUCAUAAAAUAACAAUAUGUCAGCAGACCAAAUCUCUUUUGGGCAAUAAUUUAACAAAUAAGAUGACUAACAAGACCAGCCACCCAACCAACCAUCUAAUUUACAGCAAUAGGAUCUUGAGUCCAAAAGAAAACCAACAUCUAAUAUAAACCUAUUAAUUAUUAUACUAUAGUAACAAUGGCUUGCUGUUGUCAAUCCUGCAAAAAUAAAUCAUCAUCCAGCUGCCUCGGCCGCUGCGAUCUGCCGAAGCACAGAUGCCUGGAAAAGGAGGACGUAAAGCCAGGUCCCGUGCCCAAACACAUGGGAUGGAUGUACUGCGCUAAAUCUUCUCCGCGGUUUCAGCAAAAAUGUGGUUGGCGUCCUGGCCACAUUUCCUGCACGGUCCUUCGCCGAAUAGAAGCCCACAACGGCUCCCGAGAAACCUGCCGCAUCUGCCCGUCUAGAUGCUCAACGAGGCCUUGCGCAUCUAGAUGCUCAUCGAGACCCUGCUCCCGUCCGUGCUCCCGAACGUGUCUCUUCAAGUCCUGCUCAAGAGCCUGUUCCAGGCCUUGUCUCAAACCCUGCUUCCCGCCGCCUUCCUCUUGCUCUGGCCCAGCUUGUCCACCUGGAACGCCCCUUAUCAGGAUCAUAAGACGCGGAGGCAAAUACAAAAUAUGCACGAAGCCGUCAAACCUCGACAAUUCACCUUCUGGACCGUAUCCUCUCAAGUAUGUACUGAACGCGGAUACUGAUACAAAUUCGUCAACGAAAUUCAGCAUCGAGGCGAAAUUCAACGAUUAUCAAUAUGAUUACACGAGUUCGCAGACUUCGUUUGUAUUGGACUUCUGUCCACCACCAUCGACAUGUGCCAGACCUUGCCCGAAGAAAAGUAUUUUAUGCAUGUUUGGACAAUGUGACAAUUCCUGGCCCCCUGGUACUAUGGAUGAUAAUGAAGCCAAAGGACCAAAACUACAAAAAGAUUCAGGGAAAAGUGGCGACAAUGCCAACACUGGCAUCACCAAAGGCUAUGCAGCCACUGACAACACUGGCGCAACCAAACGCAAUACAAGCACCGACAGUUGUGUUGAAGACUAUAAUAGUGCAAAAGGAAAAUAGAUAUGUAGACUGAUAUAGUGAUAAUUAUUUACUUAAUUGUAUUAUUAUUUACAUUAGAUAUCUAAUUCAUCGAGCA